UGCUGUGGGGACCCCAGCUAGCAAGUUUAGUUUUGUGUUGUGAAUGUUGAGUGGGUUUUGCCGGUUAUCAGUUUUUGUCUCAGUCGUGUUUUGUCGUCAUUUCUGUGUUAUCUCUUAUCUGGUCAUCAAUUUAUGGAAGCAAUCUGGUUUGUUUUGCAGGUUUGUCAAACGAUGCUUAUCGUCUAUGAGCUACAGUGACUUCAAAAACAAAGACAAUGCAUCUAAACGGCGACUCCAUGGAGUCUUCAGUGGAAAAUCAUGAAAUGCUGGAGGCAGAAAGCCGUGGGGUCGCUGGGAGACUGGCGGACCUCGAACGCAAAGUUCUUGAACAAUCCGAUGAAUUAAUGUGUUUAAAAGCGACCCUAGCCGAAGCCCUCCGUCGUGUCAGUCAAUUAGAAGGUACAAAAAUAAACCAUCAGGCCGUGUCGUCACCUCUUCGCAACGGUAGUACUAAAGACGUCGUCCGUUUGCGUUCCCAUAAUUACGCCAACAAAACCACAUCCUUGGAGGUGAGCCGCAGGAGUUACGGCUCGUCUUUACCACAGAGAAGAGCAGUGCAUUAUCAAUCAACCGGCAGUCUGCAUAGUGACAGUCAUAGUUCGAGUAGUGUUUCACCAGUGCCGUCACCGUCACCGAGAGCGACUCCACUCCCCGCUGUCAAAAAACCCCCAUCCAAUAGUCCCAGUCCGGUGGGAAAUGGGAACCUCCACAAGAGGUGGAGCUCGACGGGGGAUUUUCACCAAAAUAACGCCAUCUCGCCCUCUGGGAUGCACUCAAAGUUUUCUGCAAAAUCUUUUUUAAACCUUUACAAUACAAGGGCUAACAGUUAUCCCGCACAAAAUUACAAGCAUGGGACAAAGGAAACAACGUUUAAUGAAGACGAAAAAACCGUCAAAAUGUACCUUCGAGGCCGUCCCAUUAUCUUAUACGUCCCAUCCGAAUUAUGCGAUAGCUACGAAAUUACCAAAGUAUCAACAGCACCUUCUCAAAAACUGAAAUUGGAUUGGGUUUAUGGGUAUCGAGGACGGGAUUGUCGCUCAAAUUUGUACUAUCUACCAACUGGCGAAAUGGUAUAUUUUGUGGCAGCAGUGGUCGUAUUGUACAACGUGGAGGAACAGAGUCAGAGACAUUAUUUGGGUCACACUGAUGAUGUUAAAAGUCUGGCAAUUCACCCGAAUAAAAUGCUGGUUGCUACUGGACAGUGCGCGGGGGCAGACCGCCGAGAUGCGAGGCCCCACAUCCGCGUCUGGAACUCCGUUUCCCUCCACACUCAAGCCAUAAUCGGCAUGAAUGACUUCGACGUGUCCGUUUGUUGUCUGUCAUUCAGCAAAGCAGACGGGGGGUCCCUUCUCCUCGCCGUGGACGAGGCCCCCGAUCACAUUAUUUCAAUAUGGGAUUGGCAAAAGGGCGACAAUGGAUACAAAAUCACGGAAACGAAGUGUUCAGUUGACACCAUUGUUGCCGCUGAAUUCCAUCCGCUAGACCGGAACAUUAUUGUGACUUGUGGCAAGUCGCACAUUGCGUUCUGGUCGCUGGACGUCGGUGGUACUCUCUACAAAAGAAUGGGGAUUUUCGAGACACGUGAUAAGCCGAAAUAUGUCACGUGUGUGGCGUUUCUGCAGACGGGGGAAACGAUGACCGGGGAUUCGAACGGAAAUUUGGAAAUCUGGGGCAGGGGUACCAACACGAUUUGGAAAUUUAUCAAGAAUGUGCACGAAGGCCCGAUUUUCUCCAUUUGUGUUCUAAAGGAUGGAAGUGUGGUCACUGGUGGUGGAAAAGACGGUCGGAUUGUGCUCUUCGAUCCGAGUUUACAGAAAGUGGGAGAAACACAGAUCGAGGGUCAUUUUGGGGGAAUUCGGGUCGUGUCUGAAGGAUGCGGCUCACAACUCAUUGUAGGUACUACCAGAAACUGUAUUUUGACAGGAACAGUCGAAUUGGGUUUUCAACCAAUCAUUUUGGGCCACACUGAUGAACUUGUGGCUCUUGCGUCGCACCCAAGUGUCCAACAAUUCGCAACUUCGGGUUAUGACAAAGUUUUGCAAGUGUGGGAUGCUCUCUCGCAUAGCAUUCUCUGGAGCAAAGAUAUUGGGGAACAAGCUCAAAGUUUGGCCUUUUCGGUCGAUGGUACGACGGUUAUAGUUGGGUGUGUCACUGGGAGAUGGAUGAUUUUCGACGUACAAACCCGGGAAAUUCUGGAAAGUCACACUGAUGGUGCUGAACCCAUACAAGUGAUCCAGUGUUCGCCUGAUGGUAAUAUGGUCGCCUUAGGGUCACGUGAUAACAAUAUUUAUAUCUACCAAGUGUCCGAAGAUGGACAAAAAUACAACAGAGUGGGGCGGUGUAUGGGACAUUCGAGUUUUGUUACUCACAUUGAUUGGUCGACUGACAAUCAAACGCUUAGAACUAAUUCAGGCGAUUAUGAACUUUUGUAUUGGAAUGCUACCACUUGUCGCCAAAUACCUCAAACAGGGGUCAUGCGUGACGUGGAUUGGGCCACCAAUAAUUGUACCAUAACGUUUAGUACCAUAGGAAUUUGGCCGGAGAAUGCUGAUGGUACUGAUGUGAAUUUCUGUGAUCGUAGUCAUGAUAGGAAAUUAUUAGCAAGUGCUGAUGAUUUUGGUAAAGUAAAAUUAUACAGUUAUCCGGCUUCUCAACCUCGGUCGUUGUGUCACACUUAUGGGGGUCAUAGCAGUCACGUAAUGGCCGUAAACUUCUUACACGAUGAUACGAGAUUAGUGUCAAUAGGAGGCAAAGACACUGCUGUUUUGCAAUGGACGAUAUCUUAAGAUCCCUCCAAGAGUAUUAUGAUGCCUUACUCAAACGAGCUGUCAUUUAUUUUAAUUAUUUAUUGUUAAUUAUGCGAGUGAGAGGAGUUGGUGACCGGCAUACUUAACUUAAGAGGCCUUAUGUAACAGCUAAUUCAUUCCAAGCUUUUCAAGUGCAAGUUUAUCACAAAACUUACGACUUCACGAGUAGAAUUUCUUUAUAAAUCAAGUGCCACGAACUGUCUUGUUUAGGUGUUUUACCUACAAUUUUGUUAUUUAAGUUAGUUGUACACAAUUAUAUGUGUGAUGAUGAAUAAACUGGAUAAGUAAA